UCCAGAUUUCAUUUUUUGACAAAGUCCUUCUAUCAGAAUUUCCUUUACCUUUAAUGAUUUCAUAUUGUCAACACUAUACCACCUAAUAUCAAUUCUUCUUAGUGGUAUGGUAUCAUCUCUAAUUUCUUGGUGAUAUGCAAAAUUCACUUCAAAAUGCCAAUUCUAAGAAUUCUUCCUCCUAUGCUUGUUAUUUCUAAUCUAUUAUUAUCGUUUUUGUGUCAAAUUUCUUCUGCUUCUGAUUCAAUCACUCUGUCUCAACCACUUCACGAUGGCAACACUAUAAUUUCCAAUGAUUCAACCUUUGAGAUGGGUUUCUUCACUCCCGGUAGUUCUGGAAAUCGUUACGUUGGAAUAUGGUACAAAAAUAUUCCCGUUAUAAGGGUUGUUUGGGUUGCCAACCGUGACAACCCCAUCAAAGACAAUUCCACCUCGUUGAUUCUAACCAAAGAGGGUACCCUCAUGCUUCUCAGCAAGAACAACUCUCUUGUUUGGUCAACAAACACGACAUCAGCACCAAAGGUUUCGAUUUCGAGUCCAAUUGUGCAGCUCCUAGACACGGGAAACUUGGUGAUUAGAGAUGAAAAGGGUGGCAAUAGCAACAUGGAAGAGGGUUUUCUAUGGCAAAGCUUUGACCAUCCUUGUGAUACUUUGUUAUCCGGAAUGAAGCUAGGAUGGGACCUGAAAAAGGGUCUUAAUCGACGUCUUGUUUCGUGGAGGAAUUGGGAUGACCCAUCUUCUGGAGACUUUGUUCAAGGUAUAGUUCCUGGCGUCAAUCCUGAAAUGGUAAUAUGGAAAGACUCUGUUGAGUUCUACAGGAGUGGACCAUGGACUGGGUCUCGUUCCACAGGAAUAUUUGGGUUGAGGACCAACCCUCUUUAUGAUUACGAAUUCAUCAACGAUGGAAAUGAGGUGUAUUACUCAUACACACUCAAGAACAGUUCUGUGGUUUCCCUAGUUGUUAUGAACCAAUCCAUUUAUCUUCGUCAACGCCUCACGUGGAUUCCUCAAACCAAAACAUGGAGUGUGUAUCAGUCCUUACCACAAGACAAUUGUGAUUUUUACAACGUUUGUGGCCCAAACGGGAAUUGCUUCAUUGAUGGGUCUCCUAUGUGCCAAUGCUUGGAGGGGUUCGAGCCAAAGUCACCGCAACAUUGGAAUGCCACGGAUUGGUCACAAGGGUGUGUGCGCAGUGAAGCGUGGAGUUGCAAGGUGAAAAACAAAGAUGGGUUUAGAAAAAUUGUUGGGGCCAAGUUGCCAGAUACUACACGUUCUUGGAUUAAUCAAAGUAUGUCACUUGAUGAUUGCAAGGCCAAAUGCAUGGAAAAUUGUUCUUGCACGGCUUAUUCAAACUUGGACAUUAGUAAAGAAGGUUGUUCUGUUUGGUUUGGUGAUCUUCUUGACUUGAGAGUUUCUCAUAGUGGGCAAGAUUUAUAUGUUCGAAUGGCUACAACAGAUAUAGUUAUAAAUAAUAAUGCAGAUGCUAAACAUGGCCAUCGGAGGAAGGUUGUCUUGGCAGUUACACUCACUGUUUUUGGGGUCAUUAUGAUGAUGUUGGCGUUCACCUACUUGUACAAGAACAAAAAGAAGUGGAGAGAAAGAACCAACUCAACCGAAGAGAUAGAUGAAGAAAAACAAGAAGAUUUAGAGCUUCCUUUCUUUGAUUUUGCUACAAUAGCCAAUGCAACCAAUAACUUUUCAGAUAACAAUAAGCUUGGUGAAGGUGGCUUUGGCCCCGUGUAUAAGGGUACUUUGUUAGAUGGACAAGAGAUUGCAGUGAAAAGACUUUCAAGUAGUUCUCGACAGGGAUUGAAAGAAUUUAAGAAUGAAGUUAUAUUGUGUGCAAAACUUCAGCACCGAAAUCUUGUUAAGGUUCUUGGUUGUUGCCUUGAAGGAGAAGAGAGAAUGUUACUUUAUGAGUACAUGCCCAACAAAAGCCUUGAUUCAUUUCUUUUUGAUUCAAUUAAAAGAAAAGAAUUAGAUUGGGCUAUGCGAUUUAAAAUCUUAAAUGCAAUUGCUCGGGGUCUGCUUUAUCUCCAUCAAGAUUCUAGAUUAAGAAUUAUACAUAGAGAUUUAAAAGCAAGUAAUAUUUUGUUAGACAAUGACAUGAACCCAAAGAUUUCAGAUUUUGGUUUGGCAAGAAUGUGUGGAGGUGAUCAAGUUGAAGGGAAUACAAGUAGAAUAGUUGGGACGUACGGUUAUAUGGCACCUGAAUAUGCAAGUGAUGGGUUAUUCUCUACAAAGUCAGAUGCAUUCAGUUUUGGUGUUUUAUUACUAGAAAUUGUUAGUGGAAAGAAAAACAAAGCACUUACCUACAAAGAUGACGAUAAUAAUAUUAUUGCCCAUGCAUGGAGAUGGUGGAGAGAAGGCAACCCGAUGGAAUUUAUUGAUGCUUAUUUGGAAAACUCGUGUAAUAUACUUGAAGCAAUACGAUGCAUUCAAAUUGGUCUUUUAUGUCUACAACAUCAUCCUGAAGAUAGGCCAAACAUGUCCUCUGUAGUUGUAAUGUUAAGUAGUGAAAUUGAUUUACCUCAACCAAAAGAACCUGGAUUCUUACUAAAAAAGGUCUCUAAUGAAGGGGAACAAUCUUCUACAAGACAAACAUCUUCAAUUAAUGAUGUAACUAUCUCACUUUUAAAUGCUAGAUAAAAAAAUUAUUUUAUUUCUUUGUGUAACUUGUACUUUCAAACCUAGAAUAAUUAUUUGUCUAGGUUUUAUUGUGUAAGAAAUGAAUGGUUUUUUCUUCUAAAUUUUAAAGAAAUAUUUUAGGAAAGAUAUAGUUUUGAUGUUCCAUAUACUAGUUAAUGGUUUGUUAGGUGAUAUAUACUUGAUUUUCCUUAAGUAAUAUCUUGAGUUUAAGUCUUUUGUAUUAAAAGGAAACUUCUAAUGAGAAAGAUAUUCUUACU